AUGCUCACAUAUGCGUUAUUCGCGAUCUUGCUGGCCCUGCCAGUGGUCCACGCAGGAGGCUGGGAUGACUUUUCGAACAAUCUCGCGACCGACCUCGCGCCAUUUCUAUCCCUCUUUGGUGAACAGAUCACGAAGCAGUACCUUAGUGAGAGCAUUAAUGUAGUCGAUUACUUCAUUUUUGCCAUGGCCCCGAUGGGCAUCUUAACAGGGGUCGUCUCUGCAAUUCGAGUGUGCGGAACCCCGUCACUACGCGCCUUCAUCGGCAGAGCUCAAGAAGGAGCGGGCAACGCGGAGGCGGAGCUAUACACCUCGACAAGCCGGGAUAUAUGUGAGCUCUAUAACAGUGGUGGUAUCGCGCGCGUCUUUGGUCGUCCAAAAAUUCUCGAGGUUGUUCACGACCCGGAUCAUGAUUUCAGCGGUCCGGAAAACGACACAGUAGGUAUAUACACAUUUCAGUAA